UGGUACGAUUUCGUGUGUUUUGGGAUUGUUGCUGCUGCUUUCAUGGGAUCACUGUGGACUCUAUGGACGAAGGAAGGAAUUCCCACAACAGAUUCACCAUCAUCACCAUCUCCAGAUUUCCACCAGGCCAAUGAUUUCGAUUCGGAUUACUACGAGAGUCUCCUCGAAGGAGUGGAUCGAGCCCGCGACAACAAGUUUAUGAUAACCAAUCUAUGGAGUUGCUGCUGGAAAGGUGGACAUUCGCGCUCGAGAUUGUUUACUUUGCGGUUUGUUAGGAACAAUUUUUUACUGAAACUGUCCAGCUUGUACUAUAAUACAAUACAAUGA